AUGGCAGAAGAUAAAAGAAGAAGCAGCAUUAAAGGCCAAGCAACGUAUCCUUUAAUACCAGGUUUAACUCCAGCAUCAAUUAGCGAAGCGAUCGAGGCAGCAUUAAAUGCAGGAAAUGCUGGGCCACCAUUACGAAUUCGACGAGGGAGAAAUGCCGAUGAAUUUCGAUUGGAACUUCAACGUAAUAUACGGUUUUCGACGGGUAAUAAAUACAUUACAAAAAAUAUUUAA